GCCGAGAGCCGUGCCCCUGCGAGGCUGUGACUCGUGAGGAAGGCUACGGACUCCAGACCCAACUGCGUAUGUAUCCCGGCACAUUCCGAGAUCGAGUGUCCUUUGGCGUUCUCAAGUUCCAUCAUCUUGGCUCUGCCGCUCUUCUCCAAGUCCUAUUCAAGAUCAACAACAAUCACACUUCUGACUCCUCCCUGUCAUCCUUGCCUUUCAUCAUGGUUGUCUCAGGAUAUCAGGAAAAGGAGGGCGAGUCCCUCACCACGUUCUACAAUCUCAUCACCACCAAAUCGACGCAGCUCAAACACAGCGUCAAACCCUGGCAAAAGACAACCAACGGCGAGUUAGCUUCAAGACUAUACGACAAGGAACGGAUCCUCAACUCGGCCGCAGCCCUGCAGCUCAUCUCCAAACGAACGACCAUCCCCGUCCCCCGGCUCAUCGGUUUCGGUGAGAACGACGACGGAACGGCAUGGAUCGAGACGGAGCGCACCCACGGCGGCGUGUGGCUGGACGUCGUUAGGGACCGAUGCCGGAUGCCGGCCGGGAAAACGCACGUCGACGACGGCAACGAGUGCGACGAGUGCGACCGCAUUGCCAGGGCCAACGCCCGUCGAUUCGUCGCCGACGAGGUCGUUCCGCAGCUCAACUCGCUCACCUCGGACACCACGGGCUUGGGUGGGGUGGUCAUCCCGCCGCUCUGGGUUAUGUUUCACGACAAGGCCGCCUGCUGGCCACCUAAGAAGUCUGAAUCUGGCCAGUCGGAAUAUGUGUUUUGCCACGGUAACCUGCAUGGGCACAGCAUCUUGAUGCAUGCUGAGACGUUGCAUGUUCUGAAGAUUGUGGACUGGGACGAGGCUGGAUACUUCCCCCCUGAGUUCCAGGUCUGGUCGGUGGAUAGGGCGGAUUAUGAGGCACUGUAUGAGAAUGAUGAGCAGCGCAAGAGGCUCACAGCGCUGAUGCUGUAGACGUCGCCUUCCGUAGCAGUGCAAAAGUGUAACGGCUUACAAUGGCUCUCGGGUGUCAUUCGUUGAAACUAGGUACCUAAGUACUCCUAUUACCGUGUCCAUCCAAA